CAUUUGCAGUCAUCUCCCCUGAGAUUACCAGAGACAGAAGUUGUACCAGAUAGUAUCAUGGUGGAAGAACAGACAACACAAGAAGAUUUCAGACCUGUGCCAUUUUGCUGUAAGAAAUCCAGAGGACAGACAUUGGACAGGAUAAAAGCAUUUAAAAGAUUUUUACAAGAACCAGAUACAGCGAUUAAUGACAACGACAUAACAGAAGUGUUCUCUUCUCAGGUUGUCAUGGAUACUGUACCAGAAAAAAUAGGUCACCUGUUUUACAGUCUAAAGUAUGCAACUACUAAGUUUAUUAAUCAAACAUUUUUUUAUACCCCAUGCAACGAAAUUGCGGAGGGUAUAAUGUUAUUGACCUGUCACAUGUGUCAGUCUGUCCGUCUGUUAGUCCUUCAGUCCUGUUUCUUAGUUUAA